AUGUGGUAGAGUAUAUGUGAAGCUUUUCAACGUGAUGCUUGUCGUGUUGAUCAGAGAAUGUUGUGUGACCUUCAGCUAGCUGUGGAAUGUUAUCUUUUCUCUGGUGUUCAUGACAAAGUGUUUUAUUUUGUGAAACGUGUACAUCAAGAGCAAGACCAGGAAGUAUUAUCACUGUGUAGAAAAUGCACAGGUAUCACUGCAAAAGCUCUUGGUGUUGAGCAACGUCUUUGUUGUAGCUCACCAGAAGGGGUUGUUGAACUGGCAGCUCUUGAUACCCACACUUCUCCACUAGACAAGCUAAUAUGUAUGAAAGAGACAUUGGAGCAUAUUACGAAUUCAGUGAAAUCCUCAGCAUCAAAGCAGCAUUGUCUGGAAGUUGAUGGUAUCCCAUCGUUAGCAUCUGAUGACCUCAUUCCACUUUUGGUUGUUGUCAUAGUUCAAGCUAAAUGUGACCAUUUACCUAGUAAUUUGUCAUACUGUGAGAUGUUCCACUGGUCAACAUCUAGCAAAGCUGAGCUGGGAUAUACUUUAGUUACAUUUCAAGCAGCAGUUCAUUACAUGCAAGAUGCUGAUCUCUCAAGGUGCGUUCCAAAAGAAAGUGAAGAGGAGGUUAGUAGUGAAAUCAGCUCUCAGGCAGCAGAAAUAGCUGCACGUUCACAAGGAAAGGUUGUUCGUUCUUCAACAAAGACACAAGAACCAAAACGCAAUGAUGAGAAGACGAAGAUGCCAUCAUCACUAGCAUCGGACUCGAUUUCAAGCAAACCAUCACCAAUAGCAGCAAUGAAAUUUGCGUCACGGUACUCUGCCAGAAACCAGAGAAAUAUUAUUUCACCAGACGAGAUUUCAUUGAAUCAGUCUGAGAACGAGUUGGGAGGUAUUUUGGGUGCAUUACAAGGCAGAAAGUGGGCGGAUGGAACUUCUGGUAGACUUUCAUAGAAGUUUAUAAACUGAUUUUUGUGCUUGAUGAUUGGUAGUUACACAGUUUACUGAUUUUGUUUUGUAGAUUUAUAGACGUAGAGCAACUAAGCAAUAGACUAGCAUUAUCAGAAUAAGUCAGUCAACAUCAUUUUGAUAAUAACAAACAAACCCAGA